AUGGCUCCAGCUCCGGGAAAGAAGGCGGAGGGCUUGGACGACAAGAAGACGGAAAAGAAGCCCGAGAAGUCUUAUUUUGCCACCGCCGUUGAGUCUGUCAACCCGUGGACCAUCAGUCGCAGCAGCACCCCAGGCCCCAGGGAAGACAAGGAGAAGUCUAAACAGAAAGAGAUGCCGCCUCCCCCGAAACCAAUGCCCGAGUCUUCCAAGAAGGCCGACGACCAUGCCAUUACAACGCUGUACGGCCAAAGCUUUAGGAAGUACCCGCCUGACUGUCCUCCACUCAAUGUCAAGUGGUUCCAUGCCGCCGAUGUUCCGAAAAGAAAACCGCAGUUUCUCAGAGGCAAGAAGGAAAAGGAAGAUGCCAAACCAGCCAUCGCCCCGAAAAAGUUUGUCGCUUUUUCCAACAAUGACUCGCGAUCUAUCGAGGCGGCGUAUCAAAAACUGCUGGAAGAGCUCGAGGAGGGCCGUGGAAAGGGUGCAGCAAUCAGGCAUGCGCGAUCCAACUCUCUGCGCUUGCGCUCAGCGUCUGGCGGCAGCAACCCCAACUCCAGCCUCGAUGGGGAUGCUGAUAGCCAGCGACAGAGUGUCAAAGUCCCCGUCAAUGAGGACUUUCUCUUCGACGUCGACAUCGAGCAACGUGAGCUUGCUCCAGUAUAUUGGCUUGGACCGAUCUAUGACGUGAGAAGAGGCAGUUGGUUCUACCAAGAGGGCUCGACUUUACGCCCGUGUGAAGAGAACCUUGCUUCCCAGCUUGAAGAGGGCUAUCUGAAAACUAAGCCAUGGACGUAUCCUGAGACUAGAUCUCGCAGUAAUUCCGCCGCCAAGCAAGAUAUCACUCCGAAAGCCUCAAAAGAGAACCUCAAGGCGACGGCUUUGGCACAAGCCAGUGACUUGGCCAAGACCAAGCCUACUCAAACACCGACUCUUGCUCAGCAUCAACCCCAAACUUACAGGCUGUUCGGUACUUACAUGAACUCCAUAGCAACUUACCAAGACUCGACCACAGCCUGGCUUUCGACAGACAGCGUGCUCUCUUGGGUGACGUCGACAGUAUAUCAGAGAUUCUCCGGUGGAGGAUACAUGAGCGGUGUAAAACUGGUACGAGGCUAUUCGGAACCUGGAAAAGCCAAGGAGGAGAAGCGGCCAGUAACACCAACAACCGCCACUUUACCUCAACAACAGCCUUCUAGCGAGGAGAAGCGAGCCAAAGCUUUGAAACGUCGAUCUGCUCCACCUUUAUCCCGUGCCGAUGCGAAAGCCGAUAUUCGAGACGAGGAUGAGCCAGAGGAGCAGGAAGCGCCUCUCAAGAGACAGAUCUCGGAUUACAUUGAAACCGCAGAGAAUCCAGAGAGGGCUGAAGAGCAGAUCAGGAAGCGAGAGGAACAAGAGAUUGAGGACGACUACAAUAUCCAAGCUGGCGAGGCGCAGGGUCGAGACAUCGAGCAUCUCGUCCUUGUGACCCACGGGAUUGGCCAAUUAUUGAGUCUUCGCAUGGAAAGUAUCAACUUUGUGCAUGAUGUCAACCAAUUGAGGAAAACACUGAAAGGCGUAUACUCUCACUCGGAUGAUCUUCGAGCUCUGAAUUCGGAGUCUGGAGAAGGGCCUGGAAACUGUAGAGUACAAGUUUUGCCAGUCUGUUGGCGCCACCUGCUCGACUUUCCAAAGCGCCGGGAGAAGAAAGGUGAACACGACCUCGGAACAACAUUCGAUGAAGAGGAUGAAUAUCCUACUCUUGAAAACAUCACCAUAGAAGGUGUUGCCUUCGCUCGCUCGUUGAUAAGUGAUCUUGCUCUGGACGUCCUCCUAUACCAGUCUGCAUAUAGGGAGCAGAUCUCAGAGAUCGUGCUGAAGGAGUCGAACCGGAUCUACAGGCUCUUCAUGGAGCGGAACCCGGAGUUCAAGGGCAAGGUCCACAUCAUGGGCCAUUCGCUAGGCAGCGCCAUCAUGUUUGACAUACUAUGUCGCCAAAAGGAGAAGCCGCAGCGUACCGAGCAGCUGCGAAACCCUCUACGCUUCUGGCCGCCGUCCAGUGGGCGACAGGAAGAGCCGCGCCAUGAUCCUCGGAAUCUCGCCUUUGAUUUCGAAGCGGAGGACUUUUACUGCCUCGGUUCGCCUGUCGGGCUAUUCCAGAUGCUUAAGGGGCGGACAAUCGGAGCGCGACACUUACCGAACGCCAGGCCCUCAGAGAGUCCUCUGAACCCAGAGUAUAUGGACGACCCGUUCAUGACAGCAGACCCACUGGAACGCACGUCCGCGAUCACCGGCCUCCCCUUCUCCGUAUCAUCGCCCAAGGUGGCCCAGCUGUUCAACAUCUUCCACCCGUCCGAUCCUAUCUCCUAUCGGAUGGAGCCUCUUAUAUCGCCGGCCAUGUCAACCUUGAAGCCACAGCUUCUCCCCUACACCAAGAAAGGCAUGUUUAGCAUGUCCGCGCCGCAGGGUCUCUCGGGUAUCGGAGUGAAGGUCGGCCAGAGCGUCAGCGGCCUGUGGUCGAGCAUCUCCGGCGGCAUUGCCAACUCCCUCCUGCACCGCAGCCUCGGCCUCACGAAUGAGGACGUCGCGAAACUGAACGCCGACUCCACCAACGCCGCCCCAGUCCCGCAAGUCGCCGGCGCCGGUACCAAUAUCACGGGCGGCAACGUCAUAGCCGACACGACGGCCCAGUCCAAGCAAACCGAGGCGCGCAAGAAGGCCCUGGCGCGCCGUACGUCUUCGCUGUCGCCCGUGCCAGGCUUGAGCACUGACGAGAGCGCCGAGAGCGCCACGCUCAUCGACGACGACCUCGAGACGCUCUUCAGCCAGUUCCAAAAGAAACGCGUCGAGGCCGCCAGCCGCGCCGACGAGGGCAAAGCGCUGGGCGACGCCUGGGCGGCCGAGGAGGCCAAGGCGCAGAAGCUCCGCCGCGAGGAGAUGAAGGUGCGGGCGCUGAACCACAACGGGCGGGUCGACUACAGUAUCCAGGAGAGCGUACUCGAUAUCAACCCCCUCAACACCAUCGCAUCUCACAUGUCGUACUGGCAGGACGAGGACGUGAGCCACUUCGUUCUGUCACAGCUUCUCUCCAGGGGCGCGCACAAGCCGGAGAACAGGUGGUGA